GUUUUUCUUCUAUUUCUUUUUCUCACACUUUUCUUUCUUUCUUUUUUAAAUAAAAAAAAAACUGCAAUAAUUAUGACGGUUCCCCCUCAAGACUAUUUACGUACAUUAGAUGCCAUACGUGAUCGUUCCUACAAAGUAUAUGAGCAGGCACAAAAAGGUAAACUUGUUUACUUUGAUAUUGAUGAAACAAAACUUCCUCAAGUGGUACAACAUGUUCAGCAAGUAACAAGAACAAGGUUUGGUACUGAUCUAAACAAGAUUCCUCCUCAUUCACGACUAAAUCAUUUUGGUACUGAGCGUUUGGCAAGUUUACGUCAACAAUGGCAAGAGGACAAAGGUUUGGAUGUUUUGGAACAAACACGUCGUUUUCUUGAUCUUGUGGUUGUUUCUGUUUUGGUGGAUGCUGGUGCAGGGCAAAUAUGGUCGUAUACUACUAAACAAGGUGAACGUGUGGGAAGAUCCGAAGGUUUAGCUAUCGCAUCUUUGGAUAUGUUUUUGGAUGGAUAUUAUUCAAGUGACCCUACUAUAAAGGAUCGUGUUGAUGCUCAAGGUUUGAAACAACUUUCAGUAGAACGUAUAGCUCAAGGUUUUCAAGUAUCCGACUCUAAUCCAAUGGCUGGUCUUGAAGGAAGAUCGAAUUUAUUGAAACGUCUAGCGGAUAUAUUGACAAAUGAAUCCCAAUACUUUGAACAUGAAGGUUUACAUCGUCCUGGAAAUCUUGUUGAUUAUCUUCUUUCAAAAACAACAGGAGACAACAAAACAGUCCAAGUUGAUGAUAUUUGGCAAGUAGUGAUGAGUCUUGCUCCAAUGUGGCCAGCACGAAUUACUAUUGAAGGGGUCCCUCUAGGUGAUGUAUGGCCUUGUACAUGUUUGGAUGAUAUCAAGGAACAACAAUAUGACAAUCUGGUACCUUUUCACAAACUAUCUCAGUGGUUGACUUAUUCUUUGAUUGAUACAUUACAACAAUCCCCUUUGGAUAUCAAGGUCAAUGGUGUGGACAAACUUACAGGAUUACCAGAAUAUAGGAAUGGUGGGCUUUUGGUUGACGAUGGUUUACUCACUCUCAAGCCAGAACAUCUUCAACGUGGACUUGACUAUGCUCGUGCAGAGGAAAUGGUUGAUGGUGAGAAUAUUGUUCCGCUCUUUGAUGGCAAUGAUCCUUUGAUUGUUGAAUGGCGUGCUUUGACCGUAGUUUACCUAGAUCGUAUCCAUCGUGAUAUGGAAAAAGUAAUGGAUCAAUCAUUAUCUUUGGCUCAAGUUCUGGAGGCUGGCACUUGGACUGCUGGAAGAGAAAUCGCUAAGAAAUUACGACCUAAAACUGGUGGUCCUCCUAUUGCAAUCAAGAGUGAUGGUACUAUAUUUUAGAAAGAUUAGAUUAUUUUUAUAAUAGUUUAUGAAAGUUUUGGUUUUAGUAUUGAACGAACUUGUAAUUUUUUUUUUAUCAAAUAAUUGAAUAAAGACAAAUGCUGAAGUCAUAUCAAAGAUGUAAUCCACAUUCAACAUUCUACGUCAAAAUGUAAA